AUGAUUCCUGUUUUGCGCUCGAUUGAUGGUCUCCUCAAUCGUUUUGACGAAUUAUCACAACGUCAUGCUAGUUUUAUAUCAAAUUUUGAGAAAAGUUUUACUGAUAUUGAAAAUCCCUUACGUGACGUUGCACGAGAUGAAGAAGAACAAAGAAAAACUGCUGAAAGUGUAUUAAAGGCAUCAAUAGAAAGUAUUGAUCAAAUAGGAUCAAUUGGAACUGUAGAAGAUUUUAAUCGACGUAUAAUAAAAGGUCGAUCGUAUAAUCGACCACCAAGUUAUUCAUCAAAUGAUACUAGUUCAUUUUAUAAUCGUAUUCCAUCGAGAAGUUCUUGGGCAACAAUAGAAUCAGCUCCACCUCCACGUAUGUCAACAUUAACAACAGGAUCAGUAACAGUCAAAACAAAUACUUCUCAAUCAGUAACAUCUAUAUCGAUUGAGAAUCGUAUUGAUUCGAAGACUCGAUCCAUGACUAAAAUUAAAACAAAAGUUGUACCACAAAAUCUACCUACAACACAUCGAUAUGCUCGCAGUCCAAUCACAACAUUUACUAUGGAAACUGCUAUUCGACUUUCAAGACCAAGGAUAUAUCAUCACUCACUUGAUCAAAAAGUAUCAUCAAAACAUAUUCAUCGACGACCAAAACUUAAUCAAAAUAUAAAGAAUGAAGCAUUGGAAUCAUCAAUUACGCCAGUUUCAUUAGUUUCAUCAUUGGAAUCACCACAAAUCAAACGAACAAGUCCAACAAUAAUAAAGUCAUCUUCGAAAAAACUUAAAGCAGAUAGUAGAUUUGCAACAGACAAUUCGAAAAGAAGUCCCAUGAGCAACUAUCCUCGGUCCACUAUUUUUCUUGCACCUCCACCUACAAUCUGCCUUACUUUUCCUAUGCAACCCGAAUUACAACCAUGUCGAGUUGCCGUUUUACCGAAAGUAACACCCACACAAAAAAAAAUUAGCGUUUUCACUAAAAACAGAUCCGUUAUACCACCAAAGCGAUUGAUAGAAUUAAUGGCAUAA